CCCCCCUCCCAAUUGGUAUAUCCCUCUCCAAUCCCCCUUCCCACCCCCAGCAUCGGCGGUUCUGGUUUCCGCGCGAAAAGCCGGCGGUCCGCGCGCUAUCCACUGCGCGGCUGGAGCCGGUUCCCUUCCGUCCCCCCCGCCCCCCAGGUCCCCGUCUGUGCUCCGCGCUUGGACACGCGAGAUGCCCGCCCGCACUGGCCCGGCCCCGGUGGCCGCGCCGGGCUCGCCCGCGCUCCCGCUGCCGGAGGAGGUCCGCAGACGGCUUAAAGAUUUAGAAAAAGAUGAGGAUAUUCUUACAGAAAAGGAAUUUGUUAAGAAGAAAUUAAGUCUACUGCAUGAAUUUUUGCAAGCAGAAGUACAGCAUCAGUUAUUUGACUUGGAGAUCAAAUUGCAUAAAGAAGAGCUUUCUGAAGAAGGAUACUUGUCCAAAGUAAAAUUCCUGUUAAAUAAAGAACUGUUUUUGGAAAACGGAGACCAUCCUCUCACUUCAAGAGUGAAUGGUUGUUUAGAAAACGGUAUUUACACAAGUGACGAAGAUUUUGAGAAAAGUGUUGAAGAAGAUAGUACAGUAGAGAUGGAGGAAGCAACUGGAUCAUCAACAUCCUUGUCAAAAACCAGAAAAUCUAGAAGAAGUAAAUCAGAUGGCGAGGCUAAAAAAUCUUCAGCUAGCUCAAGGGUUACGAGAAGCUCUGGCAAGCAACCUACUAUUGUAUCUCUGUUUUCAAAAGGAUCCGGUAAACGGAAAUCAGAAGGGGCAACUGGAGAAAUAAAGCAAGAAAUGAAUAUAGAGAAGGAAGAAGAAAAGGAACAAGGGGAAAAGAAAAUGAAAUUUGAACUCAAAGAAGGAUCUGAAAUAAAAGUAGUUCAGGGGAAAGCUGUACUACCUGUAAAGUCUACUCCUCCUAAGUGUAUGGAUUGCAGGCAGUAUCUGGAUGAUCCUGAUCUAAAAUUUUUUCAAGGAGAUCCUGAUGGUGCAUUGGAUGAGCCAGAGAUGUUAACGGAUGAACGAUUAUCCAUUUUUGAUGCCAAUGAAGAUGGCUUUGAAAGUUAUGAUGAUCUCCCACAGCAUAGAGUAACAUCCUUCAGUGUUUAUGAUAAGAAGGGCCAUCUGUGCCCAUUUGAUACAGGCCUAAUUGAGAAGAAUAUAGAACUCUACUUCAGUGGCACAGUAAAACCAAUCUACGAUGACAACCCAUGUCUGGAUGGUGGUGUCAGAGCCAAAAAACUUGGCCCCAUAAAUGCAUGGUGGAUCACUGGUUUUGAUGGUGGCGAAAAAGCUUUGAUUGGCUUCACCACAGCGUUUGCUGAUUAUAUUUUGAUGGCUCCUAGUGAGGAAUAUGCACCUAUAUUUGCACUAAUGCAGGAGAAGAUCUACAUGAGUAAAAUAGUUGUUGAAUUCUUACAGAAUAAUCCUGAUGUCAGUUAUGAAGAUUUGAUCAAUAAGAUUGAAACUACUGUUCCUCCUGCUGGACUGAACUUCAAUCGGUUCACGGAAGAUUCUCUUCUUCGACAUGCCCAGUUUGUAGUGGAGCAGGUAGAAAGCUAUGAUGAAGCUGGAGACAGUGAUGAGCAGCCUGUCAUUAUCACCCCUUGCAUGAGAGACCUGAUUAAAUUAGCUGGUGUCACCUUGGGGAAAAGACGAGCUGCAAGGCGGCAAGCUAUCAGACAUCCUACCAAAAUCAAUAAGGAGAAAGGACCAACCAAAGCCACGACCACCAAGCUUGUCUACCUGAUUUUUGAUACUUUCUUCUCAGAGCAAAUUGAAAAGAACGAAAGAGAAGAUGACAAGGAGAAUGUCACGAAGCGGAGGCGCUGUGGUGUCUGUGAGGUUUGCCAACAACCCGAAUGUGGAAAAUGUAAAGCCUGUCAGGACAUGGUUAAAUUUGGUGGUAGUGGACGCAGCAAACAGGCUUGUCUACAGAGGAGGUGCCCAAAUCUGGCUGUGAAAGAGGCUGAUGAAGACGAAGAAGUUGAUGAUAAUAUUCCUGAAAUGCCCUCACCCAAAAAAAUGCUGCAGGGGAGGAAAAAAAAACAGAAUAAGACUAGGAUUUCCUGGGUUGGAGCUCCAAUCAAGAGUGACGGGAAGAAAGAUUACUACCAGAAAGUGUGUAUUGACUCUGAAACUCUAGAAGUAGGAGACUGUGUUUCUGUCAGUCCUGAUGAUCCCACCAAACCCUUAUAUUUAGCAAGAAUUACUGCAUUGUGGGAAGACAGCAGUGGACAAAUGUUUCAUGCUCAUUGGUUCUGUGCUGGGAUAGAUACUGUCCUUGGGGCAACAUCAGACCCUCUGGAGCUUUUCUUGGUAGAUGAAUGUGAAGAUAUGCAGCUCUCCUAUAUCCAUGGCAAAGUGAAUGUUAUUUAUAAAGCUCCCUCAGAAAACUGGUCCAUGGAGGGGGGAUUGGACAUGGAAAUUAAAAUGGUUGAAGAUGAUGGGAGAACCUAUUUCUACCAAAUGUGGUAUGAUCAAGACUAUGCAAGAUUUGAGUCUCCUCCAAAAAUCCAGCCCACAGAGGAUAACAAAUACAAGUUCUGUAUAAGCUGCGCACGUCUUGCUGAAAUGAGGCAGAAGGAAAUCCCCAGAGUAACAGAGCCUUUGGAGGAGCUAGACCACAAGGUGCUCUAUGGCCUUGGGAUGAAAAAUGGAGUGCAAUAUAGGACAGGAGAUGGAGUUUUCUUCUUGCCAGAAGCUUUUGGAUUUAACAUGAAGUUGUGUAGUCCAACCAAGAGAUCAAAGAAGGAGUCGGUGGAUGAGGAACUAUACCCAGAACAUUAUCGGAAAUACUCAGAAUAUAUUAAAGGCAGCAACCAGGAUGCCCCUGAGCCAUAUCGAAUUGGUCGCAUCAAAGAGAUCUUCUGUAACAAACGCAAUAAUGGCAAGCCAAAUGAAGCAGACAUCAAACUCAGAGUUAACAAAUUCUACAGACCAGAAAAUACUCACAAAUCGAUGAAAGCAAGUCAUCAUGCAGAUAUUAAUUUGUUAUACUGGAGUGAUGAGGAAGCAAUUGUAGACUUCAAGGCUGUGCAAGGCCGCUGUAUUAUAGAAUAUGGAGAAGACUUAACAGAAUGUAUUCAGGAUUAUUCUGCUGGUGGCUCAGAUCGCUUCUAUUUCCUUGAGGCAUAUAAUGCAAAAACUAAAAGUUUUGAAGAUCCUCCAAAUCAUGCCCGUAGUCCUAGGAAUAAAGGGAAAGGAAAAGGGAAGGGAAAAGGCAAAAGCAGGGGAAAAUCUGUAGCAGUGGAGCCAAGUGAGCAGGAAACAAUAGAAGUAAAGUUACCCAAGCUUCGAACCCUGGAUGUUUUCUCUGGCUGUGGAGGAUUGUCGGAAGGCUUUCACCAAGCAGGAAUAUCUGAAACAUUGUGGGCCAUAGAAAUGUGGGAACCUGCAGCCCAGGCAUUCCGUCUGAAUAAUCCUGGAACCACUGUGUUCACAGAAGAUUGUAAUGUUCUCUUGAAGCUGGUUAUGUCUGGGGAAAAAACCAACUCCCUGGGCCAGAAGCUGCCUCAGAAAGGAGAUGUGGAAAUGCUGUGUGGUGGCCCACCCUGUCAAGGGUUUAGUGGGAUGAACCGCUUCAACUCGCGUACUUAUUCCAAGUUCAAGAACUCCCUAGUUGUUUCCUUCCUCAGCUACUGUGAUUACUACAGACCCAGGUUUUUCCUACUAGAGAAUGUAAGAAACUUUGUGUCAUUCAAACGUUCCAUGGUCCUGAAGCUGACCCUCCGAUGUCUGGUUCGAAUGGGAUAUCAGUGCACAUUUGGCGUAUUACAGGCUGGCCAGUAUGGUGUUGCUCAAACUCGAAGAAGGGCCAUCAUCCUGGCUGCAGCCCCAGGCGAGAAACUCCCCAUGUUUCCGGAGCCCCUGCAUGUAUUCGCACCCCGAGCCUGCCAGCUCAGUGUAGUGGUGGAUGACAAAAAAUUUGUUAGCAAUAUAACAAGAAUGAACUCUGCUCCAUUCCGAACCAUCACUGUACGUGACACAAUGUCAGACCUCCCCGAGAUUAGGAAUGGGGCUUCUGCCUUAGAGAUCUCUUACAAUGGAGAACCUCAGUCCUGGUUCCAAAGGCAGAUUAGGGGCUCACAGUAUCAGCCCAUACUCAGGGAUCAUAUCUGCAAGGAUAUGAGUGCUUUGGUAGCUGGCCGAAUGAGACACAUUCCCCUCGCCCCAGGAUCAGACUGGCGUGACCUACCCAACAUUGAGGUCCGUCUCUCAGAUGGUACUACAACCAGGAAAUUGCGAUAUACACAUCAUGAGAAGAAGAAUGGACGUAGCAACACUGGAGCUCUCAGAGGUGUCUGUUCCUGUGCAGAAGGUAAACCAUGUGAUCCUGCAGAUAGACAGUUCAACACCUUGAUUCCAUGGUGUCUGCCCCACACUGGAAACAGGCACAACCAUUGGGCUGGGCUCUACGGAAGGUUGGAAUGGGAUGGCUUCUUCAGCACUACAGUUACUAAUCCUGAACCCAUGGGCAAGCAGGGUCGAGUACUUCACCCAGAACAGCACCGAGUAGUGAGCGUGCGGGAGUGUGCUCGGUCCCAAGGAUUCCCAGAUACCUACAGAUUGUUUGGCAACAUCCUAGAUAAACACAGACAGGUGGGUAACGCAGUGCCUCCACCCCUUGCUAAAGCCAUAGGCCUGGAGAUCAAAUUCUCUGUGUUGGCCAAACUGAAAGAGAAAGCCACAGAAAAAAUCAAAAAAGAAAAUUUAGAGUCCAUGGAUUAGCCUUUUCAUCUCCCACCAUCCUUUCUGGCACCAGGAUCUCCAACAUGCACUGAAUUGUUUUUUUGAACAUGCUGAAAUCUGUUUUUGUUCAGCUGUCCUUGUGAACAGUGUUUGUCUCCUUGGCUGACAUUGAGCUGUUUUGUGAUGUUCGGAUUAUCAACUAAUAAUCAUUUAGUGAUCAAACUGUGCGGUGCCCUUUGUGCAUUCUGGAUUUUUAAAUCUGUUUUUAUUAUGCAUUGUAUUAAAUAAUCUACCACUUUAUACAAGUGGAAAUUAAUACUUUAUGUAGUUUUUAUAUGUUGUAAUAUUUCUUCAAAUAAAUCUCUCCUAUAAAUUAUCCUGUA